AUGUCACCAGUGUUUCCCAUGUUAACAGUUCUGAGCAUGUUUUACUAUAUGUGCCUUCGGCGCCGAGCUAGGACAGCAACGAGGGGAGAAAUGAACAGCCGGAGGGCUAUUGAAUCAAACACCCGAGCCUUACCUAUCAACGUUGAAAUAGUUCAGUAUGCCAAAGAAGUGUUGGAUUUCAGCUCUCACUAUGGUAGUGAAAACAGCAUGUCAUACACCAUGUGGAAUUUAGCAGGUAUUCCAAACGUGUACCCUAGUUCUGGUGACUUCACUCAGACUGCUGUCUUUCGAACUUACGGGACCUGGUGGGAUCAUUGCCCUAGUGCUCGGCUGCCGUUCAAGAGAACACCACCCACCUUCUGUAGCCAGGACUAUGUGGAACUUGCCUUUGAGGAACCAGUUUAUCCUACUGCAGUGCACAUUCUGGAAACGUACCAUCCUGGAGCUGUAGUCAGGAUUUUGGCAUGCUCUGCAAAUCCUUACUCACAAAAUCCACCAGCUGAAGUAAGAUGGGAAGUCCUUUGGUCCGAGGCACCUACAAAGGUGAAUGGUCCUCAGGCUCGGCAGUUCACCCCUUGUAUCAAACAGAUCAACUUUCCCACAAACUUAAUCCGACUGGAAGUGAACAGCUCUCUUCUGGACUAUUACACAGAAUUGGAUGCAGUUGUGCUACACGGGGUGAAAGAGAGACCUGUGCUCUCACUUAAGACUUCCAUGAUUGAUAUGAAUGAUAUUGAUGAAGAUGAGGAUGAAGAGAAGUACAGCUGUGGAAUGGACAAUGUUAAUAAACAGUUCAGCAUUGUUGCCCUCAGGGAAUGGCCGACUAAUGGAUAUUUUGAUAAACUGCCUUAUGAGCUCAUCCAGUUGAUUUUGAGUCACCUCACAGUACCAGACCUGUGUAGACUAGCGCAAACUUGUAAGCUACUAUAUCAACAUUGCUGUGAUCCUCUACAAUACAUUCAUCUCAGUUUACAACCUUACUGGGCAAGAAUUAAUGACACAUCCCUGGAAUACCUACAGUCUCGCUGCACUCUCAUCCAGUGGCUGAAUUUAUCUUGGACUGGAAACAGGGGAGCCAUCUCUGUUUCUGGAUUCAGCAGGUUCUUGAAAGUUUGUGGCUCUGAAUUAGUACGUCUUGAGUUGUCUUGUGGCCACUUCCUCAAUGAAACAUGCUUGGAGGUUAUUACUGAAAUGUGUCCAAAUCUGCAGGAGUUAAAUCUCUCAUCAUGUGAUAAAAUACCACCUCAGGCUUUCAACCACAUAGCCAAAGUGGGCAGCCUAAAGCGUCUCGUUCUCUACCGAACAAAAGUGGAGCAAACAGCCCUGCUCAAUAUUCUGAACUUCUGCUCGGAGCUGCAGCACCUCAGCCUGGGCAGCUGUGUCAUGAUUGAAGACUAUGAUCUCAUAGCAAGCAUGAUGGGAGCAAAAUGCAAAAAGCUUCGCAGUCUGGAUUUGUGGAGAUGUAAAAACAUAACUGAAAGUGGAAUAGCAGAAUUAGCUUCAGGCUGUCAGCUUCUGGAAGAACUUGAUCUUGGUUGGUGCCCUACAUUACAGAGCAGCACAGGUUGUUUCACAAACCUUGCACGUAAACUCCCGAACCUGCAGAAGCUCUUUCUUACAGCCAACAGGUCCGUGUGUGACACAGACAUCGAGGAGCUCGCUGCUAAUUGCACCCGUUUACGGCAGCUGGAUAUAUUGGGGACGAGGAUGGUAAGCCCUGCAUCUUUAAGAAAAUUGCUGGAGUCUUGUAAAGAUCUUUCUUUACUCGAUGUGUCCUUCUGUUCACAGAUUGAUAAUAGAGUUGUCCUGGAACUAAAUGCCAACUUCCCUCAUGUGUUCAUAAAAAAGAGUUUCACCCAGUGACUUACUACAUAUGCUGCUGUGGAAUUCAUUUGACAGAGUUGUUUCCUGUGAAUUUGUGCUGACUUUAUUUUUAAGAAGAGUAUAACUCCCCUAUGAAAUAUUGGAAAGUAGUAAUUAUCUACGCAGAUGGGUAAAAUACAUUUAAAUAUAUUAUG